CUACCACUCACAUACCAGGUAUCUUUAAAUGUGUCCAAAGGCAUCCUGUCCACAGAGAUCCCAGCUGAAGGGGUAACAGUCCAAGGUGACGGCCAGACGAGCUUGAUUAUGGAGUCCAGCAGCCUGUUGACACUCAAUGACCUCCUGGCUAAAGUGUCCUAUACCAGCACUGUCUACCAUAUACACACUGGAGACCUUGCAUCCUUCAAGUUUGAAAACCAUGAAGCCGUGUUUCCCAUCACCAUCAAACAGCCUCAUGUACCAGUCCUGUAUGACAUGGGAAAAGACAUCAGCUCUCAUGUCACCAUCAUCACAAAAACAUUCCUGCGGUACACAGAGCUGAAGGUGUUGUUGAACAGUAUCCGGCAAUUCUAUAGCAAUAUAGAAGUCAUCAUUGCAGAUGACAGCUUUGAACCAGAGCACAUUACUGGAGAACACAUCCGACACUACAUCAUGCCUCCAGCACAGGGCUGGUUUGCUGGCAGGAAUCUAGCUGUUUCCCAGGUAACCACCAAGUACUUCCUCUGGGUGGACGAUGACUUUGUGUUUACGGAGAACACAAAGAUAGAGAAGAUGGUGGAGGUGAUGGAGGCGGUCCCAGAACUGGAUGUGGUGGGAGGAUCAGUACAAGGGAACCAGUUUUACUUCUCUAUUCUCUACGAACAAGGAGAGGAAAUGGAGGGUGGGUGUCUGUACAGAAAAUCUAAAGGAAAAUUCCAUUCACUUCCUGGCUACCCAGAGUGCUAUCUGGCCAGUGGGGUGGUCAAUUUCUUCCUGGCUCGUACAGAUGCUGUACAGAGAGUGGGCUUUGAUCCUAAGCUCCAGCGGGUAGCACACUCAGAGUUCUUCAUGGAUGGGCUGGGCUCCUUGAUGGUGGCCACGUGUGGUCAGGUGUCCAUUGGCCAUCAGCCCAAAACAGGCAAAAACCCAGAUGCAGCUCGCUACGCCAAAUUCAGAGCCUCCUCACGGAGCGACAACACAUUCAAACUGCUGCUUCACUUCUUCAAAAACCACCUGAAGUGUAUCCGAUAUGGAUAGAAGAUGACAAUCAGGUCAUCAGCUAUAGUUUAGACUUCUCUAAAUGAAGACAUCAUUUAGAGAAGUCAAAUGAUGGGGGGUAGGGGGUAACACUGAGUUGUAAGCAUAAAUGUCAAAAUUUCAUGGCUAUGUCAAUUCAUUCCAGUGGAAUUCCUGUGGUUAUUGAGGAAGAGGAGUUGCAGGUACAGAUGCAUCUUUUGAAUAAACUGUGUGACCUUAUCAUCUUGUUAGAUACUUCACUGAGCUGAGCUUAGACAAUUUUAUUUUCCCUUUUACUAUUUUUUAUUGAAUAAAUUGUGUAAAAUGGUUCAAAAAAAAGAGAGAGAAAGUUUAAGGGGAGCAAACAGAACAGAGAUGAAAUCUAUGACUGACUUGCAAGAGAUUAAUUAUGGGUUUACUAAUGGGUUACUAAUUCCUGGUUCGUUCACCAGCUACAGCACUUCACUCACUAGCUCUGAUAGUAUAUUCUCUAUGUCACAAAACUUCUAGCACCACAUACUUUGCAAAGAAGAAGAUUAUUUCUGCCAUACCACUUUCUGGUGUGACCAGGCCUUUAGUAUGGCUGCUGUAUAACAGGACCACCAACACCACUGAUGGUUUCAUUAACUGCUUCCACAGAAAUUUUGCUAUUC